UGACAUUAAAAAGAGUCUGGUGUCUCCAGCGAAAGGGUUUGCAACUCCCAAUGCACAGCGAGAAGCAGCUGCCUUUGUUCGUGUGCAGCAGAGGGCGGAGUCCUGCAACGCCCAUGCAUUCCAGCUGUGAAAGACGACAUGUAUGGGCAUGGCAGGCGGCAAUUGCUUUGACAGAUCAGUAGCUCUUGUAGCGCACAUCCAACUGUGCACUCCUCAGACGCCCUCAGAGCUUUUUGGAAGGUGCUUGGGUCUCUCCGAAUCUUCGCCAUGUUCCUCGUUCAGGCUUUGUUGGACACCGCUACCAGUGGUGGUGGCGGUGGUGGCGGCGGCGCUGGAGGAGCCCUUCUGAGAAGCAUUGCAGGAGGAGGAGGAGGUGGCGGAGCUGGCGGAGCCCUGCUGAGAAGCAUUGCAGGAGGAGGAGGUGGCGGUGCUGGUGGAGCCCUCAUGAAAGGCCUCGGAGGCGGAGGCGGUGCUGGCGGAGCCCUGGUGAGAGGCCUCGGAGGGCUCUUGGCAGGAGGAGGAGGUGGUGGUGGCGGAAGCAAAGCAGGGAACAUUGUGGGGAUCGUCGGGGGGAUCGUCAACAUCAUCAGCGAAGCGGCAGCUCAGUACACUCCCGAGCCUCCGCCAACCCCCCGCAGCCAUUUUGCAAAUGUGGAAGCCAACGAGAGCGAGGAGAUGCGCCAGUUCCGCCGCCUCUUUGCCCAGCUGGCUGGCGACGACAUGGAGGUGUGCCCCACGGAGCUGAUGGACAUCCUCAACAAAGUGAUGGCCAGGCACCAGGAACUGAAAGGCGGGGCCUUCAGCCUGGACACCUGCCGGAGCAUGGUAUCCGUCAUGGACAGCGACACCACGGGCAAGCUGGACUUCUACCAGUUCAGAUACCUGUGGAACAACAUCAAGAAGUGGCAGUGCGUCUUCAAGCAGCACAUGGGCCCGGCGGGGACCAUCGAAAUGUCCCGUCUGCCUGACGCCUUCAAGGCCUCCGGCUUCCACCUGCACGAGCAGAUCUAUGCGCUGAUCAUCCGCCGGUACGCCGACGAAGACGGCAGCAUGGAUUUCAACAACUUCAUCAGCUGCCUGGUGCGCCUGGAUGGCAUGUUCAGAGCUUUCAAGUCCCUGGACAGGGCUGGCGAUGGCAAAGUCCAGAUGAACGUCCAGGACUGGCUGCAGUUGACCAUGUACUCUUGAAAGCAACCCAGGGGGCAGGGAGGAGAAUCCAGCACUCAUUCCCAGCUUCAGGUUGCAAGCGCUACUUUUUAGUUACAUAACUGGACUCUGUUCCUUUCUGGAAACGAGGCUGACUCUUUUGCGCCAUCGCUACCUUUUAGGCUUGGCAGGGAGAUAGGCAAGGUAGGGGAGGUUGUAAACUUACAUCUAGCUUUGCUCAAGGUGCUCGUUUUAGCUUUGUUGUCUGCAAUUUGCACCUUUUUUCCUUUAAGUGCUUUUGUUUAAAUUAUGAGAAUGGCUGGUGUGUUUUAGAAAUGCAUUGUUUAUCAUUUCAGGAGCAUGCAUACACUUUGCUUGUGUAAGCUGUACUUGUGUCUAGGACCAAAACUUUCAUUUUAGAAAGUGUCUAAAUUGGGCAGAAAAGAAUGUUGCUUUUCACAGGCAGCAAUAAUGUGUUGAAGGGUGUCUCUGAUAUAUAGUUAAACUGCAGCAAAAUGCAUCGCUGUAUGGUGCAGGGCAGAAUUCCUGCCCCCUCCCAAAGAAACCUCCUCAAAUCUUUCCCCUCCCUCUGCAGAUGUUUACUGUACACCAUCAGGGUCUUGCAGAGACCAGUUUCCAUUCCCAUGCCACCUCCCAUUUUGGUCCCCCCCCCCCCCGAACAGACACCUCAUCAUUCUGUAACCGCUAGCUUGUUUUUGGGUGGUGCUGUUCUUCUUCUGAAACGUGACUGGCACUCGGCCACCCAAGUCCGCUGUUAGCUGGAAUGCUGUAAACUUAGACACAGGGACGGGUACUGUGGGGAAGAGCGAGUUGCAAGCUGAGCAAAGUUGUAGUCCGUAGCUUUUUGUUCGGUGUUUUGCGUCAUUUUGCCCAAGGGCACAUUUGAAUCCCAAGCAAGCACUGACAAAGUAGAUAUUCGGCUAAUUCAUGGCCAUGAAGGGGUGAAAAUAAGGGCGAAUAAACUUGGAUCAUAACAACAAAGAAAGAGAUUUCUGCCAUUUAUUUGAUCAUGUUGCAGCUUGGUAUGACCCAGGGAG